AUGGCAUCUCCCACGGGCACUUCUAUUCUGCAAUACUCAGGUGCUGAUCAGAAAGAAAAGGGGGCUCUUGAUCAUGGUGAUGCCCCAAGCGUUGAUAUCGGGAGAGAGGAGACCAGGGAUGUUUUCCAAGAGAAUGUUGAUGGAGUUGAGUUCAGGACUGUCAGUUGGCAACGAGCUGCGGUGGUCUUCCUCAAGAUCAACUUUGCCAUGAGUAUCCUCGCCAUACCAGCAGCUCUUGGUGCAUUGGGUUCCGUGGGAGGCUCUUUCUGUAUCAUCGGAUACACGUCUCUGAAUGUUUGUGAGUCAGCCAAAUCCAAUAUUCGUCACAAUGAGCUGACUAGCGUAGAUACUGGCCUUAUUCUUGGUGACUUCAAGCAUAACCAUGUAGAGUGCCACACAUUAGCUGACAUGAUGGGCCUCAUCUGGGGCCGCUGGGGUCGCGAAAUAGUGGGUGUCCAGAUCAUUGUCCUCCAAGUCCUCAUCACAGCUGGUGGAAUAGUCACGACAACUAUUGGGUUUAACGCACUGUCAGGCCAUGGAGCAUGCACUGUCUACUUUGGCCUUGUUUCUGCCAUUGCUAUCACGCUGUUCUCAUCCAUCCGCACAUUCUCCAAGCUAGGUUGGUUGACAUGGUUCGGCUUCAUCACAUUUGUCAUUGGCGUCUUCAUCUUUGUUGUGGCCGUGACACAAGUCGAUAGACCUGCUGCUGCUCCCAAGACUGGAGACUUUGAUCUCGGUUGGGCGCCCAUUGCAUACCCUAGCUUUGUCGUUGGCAUGGUCAACGCGACCAACAUCUUCAUCAGUACCGCCGGCUCUUCCAUGUUCUUACCCAUUAUUUCUGAGAUGAAGCGGCCCCAAGAUUACCGCAAGGCCUGUCUAGUUGCUGGUUUCAUUGUCGGAGCCAUGUACCUGUCUUUCAGUCUGGUCAUCUACCGUUACUGCGGCGUCUGGCUCUCCACUCCCGCUUUUGCCAGUGCUGGACCUAUCAUCAAGAAGAUUGCCUAUGGUGUCUCCUUACCCGGACUAAUUCUUGGUGUCGGUAUCUACCAGCACGUCGCGGCAAAGUACGCAUUCGUCCGUAUUCUGCGAGACUCGAAGCACCUUCAGGCCAAUUCAUUCACGCACUGGGCAACUUGGCUGGGAAUUAACUUCACCCUUGGCGCAGCUGCUUUCAUUGUGGCUGAAGCAAUUCCCAUCAUGAACUACCUUCUUGGACUUGCUGGCGCCAUCUGUGUUGCGCCUUUCAGUUUGGUGUUUCCCGCUCUUCUGUGGAUGCACGACUUUAAGAGGUACAAGACUGGAACGACCCUACAGAAGGUCAAGUACGGUUUUCAUAUACUCAUCAUAAUUUUCGGACUCUACAUGCUUGUUGCUGGAGUUUAUUCCGUCGGUGUUUUGAUCAAAGAGGCAUUUGACACUGCUGCUAUUGCCAAGGUGUUCGACUGCGCCGACAACUCUGGUUUUGUACAGGACAAGUAA